GUCAAAAUACUGAUCAUUAAUUAUUUUACCUUUUGGAAGAUUGGAAUAUAAAAUUUUUAGUUAUAACUUAUAUACAACAAGACACAUAAGAUUAUUGUAAUUGACCAAAUAAGUAAUUUGUUGGGAGAAAUGAUUGAGUGAAUACGGAAUGAAACUUGAUUUCAGCAAGAUUUAAAGUGAUAUCCAAAUAAGGUUACUAUCACGUACAAGGAAUGCUAUAAGAAAAAAAAAAUGGAUACAUUAAGACGAUCAUGGAAACUUCAGGAAUUUGUCGCCCACAAAGCAAAUGUCAACUGCUUGGCCAUGGGUCACAAAUCCAAUCAGGUGUUGGCUACUGGAGGUGAUGACAAAAAAGUUAAUUUAUGGGCUAUAGGAAGACAAAGCUGUUUGAUGAGUUUAAGUGGGCAUACCACUCCUGUAGAAUGUGUUUGUUUCGGACAUUCAGAAGAUUUGGUGUGUGCUGGUUCACAAACAGGCGCUCUGAAGAUUUGGGAUUUAGAAGCUGCAAAAUUGUUAAGAACAUUUACAGGACAUAAAGGAGCUAUAAAGUGUAUGGAUUUUCAUCCAUAUGGAGAUUACUUAACUACAGGAUCUUGUGAUAGUAAUAUUAAAUUAUGGGAUACUAGAAAAAGAGGAUGUAUUGUCACUUACUCAAGUCACCGACUGGCUGUAAAUAGUCUUCAAUUUAGCCCUGAUGGACAGUGGAUAGCAUCAGCUUGUGAAGAUGGUCUGGUUAAAGUUUGGGAUGUAAGAAUAGGCAAAGUAUUACAAGAAUUUAUGGAACACACAUCUGCUGUAACGUGUGUAAAGUUCCACCCACACGAGUUUCUGCUUGGUAGUUGUGGUACUGACAGGACAGUUAAUUUUUGGGAUAUGGAAAAAUUUCAAUUAGUGUCUAAAUUUGAAAGAGACAACACCUCUAUAAGGCAUAUGGCAUUUAGUGAUGACGGUGCAACACUCUUGGGCUGUGGUAAUGAUGGUUUGCAUGUCAUUGGUUGGGAACCAGCAAGGGUUUUAGACACAGUUGCUGGUCAUUGGGGACAAAUACAUGACAUGACUGUUGCUCAAACACAACUGAUUGCAGGCUCAUUUCAUUCUACAUAUGUGGUGUUGUCAGUUGUUGAUCUCAACAAAGUGCAUCCAUUUGGUGGACCUCCUCCAGCAGCACCAACAGAAGUCAGAGAUCUCUCUCCAUUCCAAAAGGGCCACACCGUUCGAAAGAGCUUUUCCAAAGAGAAACCUGCUAAAGAAGUUCUUCAUAGACCAACACUCCUUGAUGAGAAAACAGCAGAAGAGUCGACUUCAGGGACUGAAGCUGACGAGGACUCAGGUGCCAUUAUAUCAAAUAUUAAUGACUACACUGAAAUAUUUCGCCCCUCUAGAGCAUUGACUCGUACCCCACCUCCUGCUACAAGCUUAUCAUCAGAGGACUUUUCUGUCACAACACACGAUUGCAAGCUAGAAGGCUCAGUUAGUACAUCCCUCCGUGACCUGAUGCUGGACGAUCCCCCUCGGCCACCACCACAACCCUCGCCUCCGCAGAGACAGAGACCAGAACACUGCUCUCGUAUACCUACCCCUAAGGAACACUAUGUAGUAUUAGAGAAGAGAACUGAAUUCCCACGUAUAAUAGACAGCAAUAAGGACGAAAGCUUACUAACUAGUGUUCAAACAACAACAAUUAAUGACUUUAGUGUAAACACUGUACCAACGCCCACUUUAAACAGGCAUAACUCAUAUAAAGAAACAAAAUCAUCUACAGACAUAUCUGGAACUAAUCUCCGACAGAGUAAUAGUGAAAUAUCACUAGGACCAACUUCUUUAGGUCCUAGAUCCUUGUCAUUUACGAGAGCAUCUACUCAAAAUUCCAGAACCAGAGUUGAUGCAGUAGCACGAGAGCGUGUGACAAUUAACAGAAGUGUAGAAACUGCAGUGGAAAGGGAUCCCGAACCAGAGUUUGUUCCUCUAUCCAUAGACAAACCUGUUGGACUGGAUCUCGAUGACUUUGUGCCUCGCGGUCUAACAGCGGGCGUGCGUCGGGGUGGUCGGGGUGCUGGUGCGGAGCCGAGCGAGCAGGAGGUGCUCGGCGUCAUGAUGCGCGGACACGACUCUAUGAUGGCCGUGCUCGCUGCCCGCCAGAGGGCGCUGCAGAUAUUCCACUCCGUUCGAGUAAAUAAAAGUUUGAAAUCGGCAUUAGAAUCCGUCAUCGCAUUAGAAGACGCAUCUGUGAUACUUGAUAUUCUAAAUGUAAUGGCGCAUCGACCGUCAUUAUGGAAUUUAGAUAUUUGCUUACUAAUGCUGCCUAAGAUUUUUGAAUUAUUGCAAAGUAAAUAUGAAUCGUACAUGCAAUGUGGAUGCAACGCUUUGCGGUUAAUAGUACGAAACUUUUCAUCGGUAGUUCGCGCUAACGUCAGUGCACCAGUUCGCACACUCGGUGUUGACAUCCCUCGAGAGGAACGCUAUGCUAAAUGUGCUCAAAUCCACCAACUUUUACUUGACAUUCGAGCAUUCUUGCUUAAAAGACAAACAUUACAAGGUCGACUAGGUGCUGCCUUCCGUGAUCUGCAUACUUUAAUGCAACAGGGUCUCGAUUGAUAGUGCUAUGUAUGAUACGUAUCGUAAUAUAAACACGGUCUGAAAAGUCUUUGCACACGACAUUUUAGUCAUGCCUUAAUUUUACAUAUGGAAAGUUGAUUGCUAACGAUGAAGAAGGAUUAUUUUAGAUUCUUCUAAUUUACACUUUAUUAAUAUAUUUAAAUUACUUUCCUUGCAGUAAGAUGAAAAUGAGAUAUAAUACACAAUCAUCAUGUCAUCAGAUAUGUUGUGGUGUACAUAGACUUUCAAGAUUUGUGAGAAAUAUAUUUAUUAUCUAUAUAAAUGAGUGAAAAAAUCUUUAUAACAUUCAACUUGAGGCCUUAUUACAGAAAUUGUUAAAAGCAUUUAAAAUAUAGGAUCUCAUCACUUUAAAUUUGUUUACACAAUUGAAAUUGAUUUUCAAUAAUUGAUAUUUCCAAUUUUAUAGGUAUGAUUGUUAAUCUUUUGCAGUUGUCAUUAAUUUUCUGGAUUUUUUUACUAUAGUCAAUGAAGUAUUAAUUUAUGCUUCUAUUCAACUAAACAAUGUAAAUAUUAUUUGAUUGAAUAAAUAAGAAAGGAUUAGUUCAUGUUACCUAAUGAAAGAAGUAUUUAAAAUGUAAUGUUUAUUAAACACUUUUAUAUAUGUUUUUACAAUAACUUUUAACUUAAAAGUAUUAAAAUUAAAUAGUUUCAUACAAUAGAAGCUUAUUACUAAAUACCAAGUAACUAGCAUUACAAAUUUUCAAGUAACUCAGUUUUUUUGGGAAAUAUGUUAAGCUAUUCUUAAAAGUUAAAACUAAUGUUUAAGCAAUUUGCAUUGCAAAUAUGAACUAUAUGUCAAAGGAAAUCAAAUUUAUAGUAGAGUAAAAAUAGUCUCAGAGCUGUAAUAACAAAACCUUAAUGUGCCUAUACUCUGCUCAGGAAGGCAAGCUAGCAAAUGGAAUCUGAAUAGUGUGACUUGCACAAACCCACCUAUUUUACUAACAUUGUGAACAUUGUAUAUUCACCUAUCGGUCAACAUGAUGUGUAAGUAAGUUUGCUGUACUGGCUUCCUGAACAGAGUACAAGACUAGAUGCUCAACUAUAAUACUAGAUCUAACAGUCAAAUUAACUAACUAUUAAUAACUAACUCAAUUAUACAGCUGGAUAAAACAUGAUCAGUACUUAAUUUACAAAUAUUAAGAUUUUUAUACAUCAUUUUUCAGUUCUAAUGUAAAUUACAUAAAAUUUAAAUUUCAAGUUUAUUUAAAGUGUCUCAACUUUUUCUAUGUUAUCAAUCAUGCAUGAGAUUUUUUCCUAUAAAUUAUUUUAAAAUAGACUGAUAUACUUUGUAUAUAACAUUAUGAUGUAAUAAAAUAAUUAUAACUUA